UUUAAUGUUAGCUAAGCCGAAGAUGUUAUUCAGUUCUUGACAGUACCCCAUCAAUCCUCGAAAGGAUGAGUCGUCCAAUUUUAUUUGUGCUGCUAAUCUUAGCUGCUUCUUUCCCUCUCAAUGAUGGAAUGGAUAAGGCUAAAUCGUUCAAAGAUUUUUUAAAAAAGCAAGGAAAAAAUUUGGGUGGUCUUUAUGGAGGUGUGAAAGAAUCAUAUGACGUUCUGUCGAGGUAUCACGAAGAUAUUCAUACGGAUCUGGAAUUGGCCAAAACGAUUGGUGAUGCAGUUGUGCCUAUAAUUGCAGCUGGAUUGAAUUUCAUUCCAGUCGCUGGACCGAUUAUUUCUGGCAUUUUUGGUGGACUGUGGACGGCACUUUCGCCACUAAUGGAAACUGAUAGACAGCAGAAGGAUCCAAUACAAGCAUUGCAGGAUGAGAUGGUAGAGUACGUCAAUAAACGUAUAAAGGACGCAGAGAAUCGAAUGAACGAAACUAUGAAGGGAAGAUUCCGUGAAAUUUUUGCUAAGUCGAUUUAUGCCAAGAAGACCAGAGACAUGUAUAUUUGUGAUAAGUACGGUGAAGCCUCACGUAUAUUCACCCAGCAAAUCGAGGAGAAACAGGCUGUGAGUGCACUGCAACGAUCAGUCGUCAGCAGCUAUCUUAACGAUUGUGACAAUUUUUUGAAAGAUACUGCCGAAGGUUUUGACUUCCCUGAAUUUGCUGACGUUCUUUGGAUACCCGCUGUUCAGUCAACAUUAACUCGAUUAGCCCUUCUAACCGAAGCAAUUUAUUGGGGCGAAGAGUUGGGAAUGAUUCCAGAAAUAAUCUACAAUUUCCAUUAUGAAACAACGCGUGACGUUAAGAGGCAAUUGGACCGUUUCCGAGACGCUAUGGCCAUUGCUCGUGAGAGUAUGAAGAAAACCAACAAGCGAUACGAAUUCACCGAGCAAGAAAUCGACGGUUGUAGAAUGCAGGCUAUGCUUCCAUACUUCGAUACGAGCGUUUAUCCGAAGGGAAUGCCAAAACGAUCGUCGACUUGGAAUGAUUUUGCCAAACAGGAGAACACAACCGGCGUGUAUCAUGCCCAAUACUUCUAUCGCGAGGAAAAUCCUCGGUUGCAAGAUACGAUAAUGAAUUGUUUUAUGGGUUCGUUGAUCACAACUACUUCGAAGGAAGUACAAAUGGAAUAUUUUAUCGAAAAUGGGAAAAGCUACGAAGUUAGGCUGAUUUACAGAACCACCGAUCUGUUCAGUUGGAAGGGAUUUGGAUUCUUCGGAACUGAAUAUUUUGAAUUUGGUAAAAUUGACUCAGAAUAUCCGGAAGAAGAUAGAUUCCUUUUGGAGACAACAAUGGAGGAUUCCCAUUGUGAUGAAAAGCAAGUGGAACGAAACGGCAAAAAGACGGCAUCCUAUUCUUGCUAUACACCGGAAAGACCUUCCGGCGUGUUGUACGACAAAAGUAAAUUUAUUAUCGAGAGAGUUCUAGCUGGAGUGUAUACUGACCCGUCUAAUACUAAAACCGUUAGAGGAAAAUGUGAUGAAGGCUGCGAACUUUUUGGCAUUGAAAUUAUUCAGCUUGGUACGCUAGAAACUAGUUUAAAGUACUACUGACCACGCACUUCUAUCUGAGCACACUACACAAAUUAUUCACUUUGUAGAUUGAUUAUAGAUUGAAACGUAGCGGCAAAGUUGCAGUGUUUCAGUGUAACAUUUCAUAUUUUUAGAAUUGCUAAAUGUCCCAUCACUCACGUUAUGGUUCGGCAUUCAUUUUAUCAAUAAAAUAUAAAUCAACCAACAAA